AUCGAGCUCUAAAUUCCGAUCUCCAUAUGAUCCACCUUCAUUUCUGCAACUUCACUCGCUUAAUCUCUUCCUCGUCACUCUCAAAAUCACUGAAAAACUCUUACCCAAUUCAUUGUUGUCUCAAUUUCUUUGUCCAUCACCUUCACUUCACAAUUUUACGACCUUUAACUUCUGUUUUAAUUUACUUUUUUCAGGAUUUUCAACCAAAAUGGAGCCAGAAAACAUUGACUGGAGCAACAUCGAAUCUGUAUUCGAAGAAGACUCCGCCUACGAGAACAUCAAUGCACCCAAAUGGGUCGACCUCUCGGCUCCACCCGAACCUGUCGACGACGAUAUCUGGUUCUGCAAAACUCAUUGCAAACACCCUAAGAUAUUUGAAGAUUUUCUUAAACCAACUCGUAAUUUCAAGGUGAAGUUUCUCCGGUCUAGGACUAUCUCUGAAAUUCUUCCUUUCAGGGAACGCAGAAAUAUGAAGCAAAAAGAGAAAGAAAUUAAUGUUUCAUCAGCUGAAACUCCCAGUAUGGAAACGAAAGCUACUAAGUCUUCAUACAAAUCUAAUGAAGACAAUGAGAAUCUGAACCCGAACUUGACUACCCCACCUUUAAAUUACAAGGAAAACAAGGAGGAGAAGAAACAAAGAGAGGAUUCACAUGGCAAUCCAUCGCAACAAGAGAGGAAACCACCGGGGCUAAAGAGUACUUUUUCGGCGCGUAAUUUGGUUGCAGGACGAGAGGUUUUGAGCCAGAUAACUGAAUUCUGUGCUGAGUUGAAGAAACUGGCAAGAAAUGGGUUGAAAAAAGGAUCAUCAGAGAAAGUUUCUGGUGGUGUUUUGGGUGAGAUGAAGACGGAGAAAGUUAAAAAAAAAGAGAGAAGGCCUUUGCUUGUGGUUGAAGAAAGGCAAUCUUGAAACACAAAAGAAACAGAAUUGCAGGGAACUCAUUGGAGGGUGUUUUGCCCUCAGGUUUACAAUAUAAUUAGGGUUUGGGGAUAGGCCAUCCAUACCCAUUCUCCAUUGCGGAUAAAUAUAUAUGUAAUAUAUUGAGAUUCAUAGAUCAAAUUUGGCACAUAGGAAUGUCGUUUUAUGUAAAUAUGAUCGUUGGGAGCAUGUUGUUUUGAAGGUAGUUACAUGUUGACACGGUUGUGCCUCUGCCAAUUGGCAUCGAAGGCAUUCCAAUUGAUUAAAAUGAGAUGGGAAUCUUUUCUCACAUUUUAAUAUUGAGAUCUUCAUGUAAAUCAACUCAACUUCGACUCCAUUUGC